UUCAUCCUGUGGAUGCUGCUUUCAUUUCUGUAUAUGCGCAUUGAGAGUCUUACUCUAGAGUCACUUUGAGAGGAGAAAUUCUGUCAGUGCUCUUUCAUGUUCUUUUUCCUGGUUUUCUAUGUCUUAAUCUUUAUUCAGUGAAAUAAAGAUUCCAGGUUGUGUUUCUUUACAUGUUUAUCUGUACCCAAAAUCUUCAGAAUUGCAAUGAGGACAAGAAGCUUUAUCAAACUUGUAAUGUCAAAGAAAAAAUUUUUUUAGAUGCCUAGCGAAUAUGUCCUGAAGGUGACCUCACCCAUCAUAUGUUAUUACAUGCUUGGCACAGUGAUAAUGUCAUAUGCUGACCUGAGACGUUGAAUGGUAGAAUCACUGAUAAGCCUUAUCUCACUGAUGAGCUUUAGUAUGUAAACGUAAUCGCUAGUAAAACUUACGCAAUGUCGUCUUUACAUUUGUAGCCCUUUCAGUUUAAACAUGCUUUGACACAAAUGGAUACUCCCGUAACUAAGAAGAACAUCCUGUAUAUGGAAAAGUUAAUAAACAAACGCUGAGUCCUCAAACGGUAUCGGAACGUUAUUGUUUGUUCGUCUGAAGAAGUUUCAUUUUCAAGAUGAUGUGACCCUGUUGUCCAACGUCCAACAUUUUACUUCCAACAAAGUCACAGCACUGCCAUUCCUACAUUAGUUCACUAAAUUUUCAACCUUCAUGUGACGCGGACCAUUCUUUAGGGUCGUUAGGAGGACAACUUGACGAAAUAGGAAGACAGUACAACUAUCAGCGGUCUUGCCUGUAUUUAGGAAAAUGAAACUGAUUAUCGUCGAUGAUUACGACAAGGCAAGUGAAUGGGCGGCGAAGUACAUCAGGAACAGAAUCGUUCAAUUUAAUCCAGGUCCCGACAGAUUCUUCACUUUAGGACUCCCCACAGGAAGUACUCCUCUGGGAUGCUACAAGAAACUGAUUGAAUACUUCAGAAAUGGAGAGGUCUCCUUUAAGUAUGUCAAAACCUUCAACAUGGAUGAAUAUGUGGGAAUUCCCAGAGAUCACCCGGAAAGUUACCAUUCCUUCAUGUGGAAUAACUUCUUUAAACACAUUGACAUCCGAGCGGAGAAUGCCCAUAUCCUGGAUGGCAAUGCUGCCAAUCUAGAAGCAGAGUGCCAGGCCUUCGAAGACAAGAUCAAAGCUGCGGGAGGAAUCCAGCUCUUUGUUGGAGGUAUCGGACCUGAUGGGCACAUCGCCUUUAAUGAGCCAGGUUCCAGUCUGGUCUCUCGCACCAGGGUAAAGACGCUAGCUCUGGACACUAUCCUGGCUAACGCCCGCUUCUUUGGUGGUGACCUGGCCAAAGUGCCCACCAUGGCCCUAACAGUGGGGGUGGGCACUGUCAUGGAUGCCAGAGAGGUCUUGAUUCUUAUCACUGGAGCACACAAGGCUUUUGCGCUCUACAAGGCCAUUGAGGAGGGCGUAAACCACAUGUGGACAGUGUCAGCCUUCCAGCAGCACCCGCAGACCGUCUUUGUGUGCGAUGAGGAUGCCACCCUCGAGCUACGUGUGAAAACUGUCAAGUACUUUAAGGGAAUGAUGCAGGUGCACAAUAAAUUGGUGGAGCCCUUGUCUCAAAUGCAGAGCAGCGAAACAGCUGAGAAACCCUACAGUGACUGAGUGCCAAUACAAAGCUGCAUAUUGAUCCCAGAUGUAAAUCAUAUGUCUUAACCAACGGAUGACUUAUAGCUUGUUUUUCCGUCAUUCCAUGUUUUUAAACUUAACAAAUUUAAGGAAUGAUAGGAUACAUUACUGAUUCCACUAAUGCUGCAUUUUAAUGUAUACCUCAAUACAGAUUCAUUAUAGGAAGGUUUUGCAGUUCAUGAAGGAUUACAAAAAUAGCCUAUUUAGAGUAAUGAGACUGUGUCAC